AUGAUAAACACGUCUAGCUCCUCAUCCACGGGGGAUGAAGGCCCCAUGAAGACUCUUCAACAAACAGUCCUGGCCGGGAAGAAGAGACGCCUGCCGCCAUUUCUGGACCAUUUCAACGCGCGCGACUUGAAGAUCCUAUGUCGCUGUUGGAUAGCAGCGUGGGUGGCUUGCUUGUUGUUUCUUAUUACGCCCUCUUUGUCAAGUUUGGGAACUGCGACCUUCUUUGCCUGUCUGGUUUUGUUGAUGCUGCCACCGAGUACUGUGGUACUUAUCUACCUCCUUGGAUCAUUUUCCCUGUAUCUGGGAAUUUGUUUAGCUUGGGCAUGGGGCGUCAUCACGACGAAGGCCGCUUUAGCGGCCAGGCCGGCAGAAGCCACCCAAGCCCAAUUGAUGGCCUUGCAACAAACCGCCCAGCAACGUGCCAACGCGACCGGGGAACCAGUCGCCAGCGUGGCCCAGGUGCUAAUUUAUGAUGGGCACAUGCUGGAUGCACGGGUGACUGCCGUGACCUACUGUAUGAUUUGCACUUUCAUAUAUCUCAUGGCUCGCCUCCGAGCCAGUAACCCCAAAGCCACGUUCACGGCGAUAUUCGCAAUCAUUAUCUCGGACCUGUUUCUCCUCUUCACCCCAUUGCUUCCCUCUUUCUCGGGCACCCUCCCCCUUACACUGGCUAAACCGGCAGCCGUCGGGAUCGGCCUGGGAUUUGCAUGUUCGGUACUCUUCUUCCCGCAGUCAACAUCUCGUGUUGUGUUGGAUAGCAUGGGCGACAUCAUCGAAUUGCUCACGCAUCCCCUCGCGUUUACAAUGGCCACCCUGGGCCAACGCGACCCGGACUUGAAUGUCGGGCAAUUACGAAAGACCCAGGCCGGUAUCAUCGGCCAGUAUCGGAAAAUGGAGCCGGCCUUGGCUUUCCUACCAUUGGACUUCUCUGUCGGAUGCUGGGGAGCUCAGAACGUCGGAAGGUUCAAGGAACCUCUCCGGCAGACUGUUGCUGCCACACUCUCGUUGCUUGAACUUCACAUCAACCGGCUCUCUGGGCGAGAGCGCGCAAAGGACGUCUUGCUCAAAUACGCGGAUCAAAUCGACUCGGAGAAAGGGGAGACGAAAGAAGCACGUGUAGUUGGGCGUCACCAGCUGUCACAAACGGCCCGUCUACUGGAUGGACUGCGUGCUUCCGAGUCCGAACCGAUUCCAGCUGAAACCCUGCAAGCUUUGACUAACACUGCAUCCAAAGCUAUUGAAGCCUGUGUUGUCGCACUUACGGCGGCAAAGGACUGCAUUCGAAUGGCCAAUAGCCAAACAUGGUAUUGGCGUCCCUCAUCUGACAAGCGGGCGCAGCUGAGCCAGCAAGCCCAAAGAGCCCUCGAGGAUCUUCGUGCAAUGCGCAUAACAUUUAUUGAGAACACUACCAAGACUUUGGUUGAUGAAUUUGGACCGUCCCUUGACAGCGCAUCAGACAGCGAUGGAGGAUAUCGCAACCACCGGAUCGGGGCUAUCGUUUUUGGCAUGGUGUUUGAGGAGGUGUUGUCUUCGACGAUGGAUCGCACGGAAGUCCUCCUGACCCAGAUACUGGACGUUUUUCAAACGUGCAAGACGACUCGCGUUUGGUGGCCGACAAGCCUCAAAGCAUUCGGCACAUGGCUAGCAGGCAAAGGAAACAAGACCCCUGCAAUGGCCCAAGCGGCCGAUGACAACCCGGAAGAGGAGGCGGACCAGACAAAAAAGGUGCAAGAGAAGCUGCGAAUUAGCCGAGGAUAUCGCACCAAGCGCCGGGGUGUAGUGAGUCGAGUGAUCCUGGGAACAUACCACUGGUUCACCUCCGAUGAAGGACUAUUCGCCUUGAGGACAGUCGUGGUGACAAUCGCUCUUGGCAUCAUCUCAGCCAUCCCUAGUACAGCUGGGUUUUACUACCGCGAGAAAGGCAUGUGGGCGUUGAUCAUGGCACAAACAGGCCUUGUGCCCUAUAUGGCUGAUUUUACCUUCUCCGUCAUUGCGCGAGUCACAGGGACCGUCGCGGGUGGUGUACUGGGCCUGCUAGCAUGGUAUAUCGGCUCCGCCAACGGCCCGGGUAACCCAUACGGACUCGCAGCCAUUAUGGGUGUAAUGCUAGUUAUCUUUCUUUGGGUCCGUUUAUACUUACCCCCGAACCUUCUUCAAGGGGGUAUCAUGGGAGGUGCCACCUUCCUACUCGUGGUUGCAUAUAGCUUCGAUGAUACACACAUUCCAGCUUACGGUAACCCCGGUGUCGGCUAUACCGUCUUCUGGCGCCGACUACUGCUCGUUCUGAUCGGCAUCGGUGCAGGCAUCAUAGUCCAACUUUUCCCCCAUCCACCAUCUGCGGCCAAACAUAUCAGCAAGACCCUAUCCACCACUAUCCGCACCAUAUCAGACCAUUACGCUCUACUCCUAUCCUGCUGGAAUCAGGAGGGACAGGCAGACGGCCAGGCCCUCGCUGAGCCGAUAUCUCUUCGAAUGGCCGAAUCCCUAGUCAUGCUCGACGGCCCCGUCCAACUCCUUCGCUACGAGUUUUCCAGCUCUCGCUUUGACAGCGACACCAUGGAUCAAGUGAAACGGCUCUGCCAUGGCUUGAACCGCAACCUCGGUAGAUUGCUCUACCUCUCUGCGUCCCUACCCCGGGAAUACCGAGACCGACUGGCGAAAUUGACGGGCCUGCUCGAUCAUCGCUGCAUCGGAGAAGUCAUGGCCGUGUUGAGCGUUUGCGAACAGGCACUCAAAACGGGCGAUGCGCCGCCAGAGCUCUUGCCUACGCCGCUCGUGCAGCGAUCAAUGGAGUAUUGGCGUGCGCAUUCUCUGGAUGUGAUUCUGUCGCCGGAGAUGCUGAGGGAUGAGAAUUAUCGACGUUAUUGCGUUGGAAUUAGUGCCUAUGUCAAGUUCCUGGAUACCGUUGAUCAGUUGGUGUUGGUUAUUAAGGGUGCGGUGGGCGAGUCUCAUCUGGUCGCUUGGGAAAGGGCGGAGCCUGUGGUAUAA